AUGGAUUGGUACCGCUGGGAAGAGCCAAUUCCCGUUGCCGAUUCCUGGACAGCCCAGGAAGCCCGAAACCUCUUGAACCGUCAAAUUGAUUUUGCGCAAUAUCCAUUCUACUAUCCUGUUACAUGUUCCGACUUCAAUCUCGAUUCUUUUCCCCCAAGUCCCGUCCAACGUUGGGGCUUGAUCCCUGUGAACGUUCUGGUCAAUGAUGAAUUUGUGCGCCGUAAGAUGGAAACUUCGUUCACAGCGGAGCAGUAUGAAGUCCCUGAUGAGAACGAUAGUCUAGCCUGGGGGCAGGAUAUGCAUAAAUUCCUGAAUGAGCAGCGCUCCUUACCCGAGUAG